UGUGGCUUCGUUCCCCCCGUUUAAUUUCAUGCAACGAUCCGCAUUCGCUGCUCGCGAGCAAACGAGCGAGCGGCCGCUUCUCCUCCAUUUCCGCGUGUGUGGAGCGAACAUCGCGAGAACCGGCGCGCGGCGCGCAGUCGAAUAACCUUAUAACGUCUGACGUAAACGGAUAAGCAUCUUCGAAUAAUUAUUGCAAACUGCACGUGUCUUUCUAUUAUUUAUUUCAAACGAUCAGAAGAUCUUGAAGAUCUUCGCGAGAGAUGCAACGUUAAGAUCGUUAUCGUGCGCGUACAGAAUAAAAUUCAUUUCGAGCAGAAGGACGAAUGUUAAGGACAGUGAAAGGGUUGGUGCCGCGCGACUAUCCGGGGAAACCCGCUCCUUUUCCUUACGGUGUUCCUAACGUGUCCAAUGCGACCAGCUGUCCAUGUCAAAUCCAGUGGUGCCAAGUGCCCCGUGACUCGUAGCGACGUCUCAAUUCCGCCACGGAGGUGGGAAAGCCACUUCCGCGCGAGUCAGCGAAAUUGAAAAUUGCCCGCUGCCGGCGUUACAGCGCCAUUAAGCUCGUUCUUGCUGUUCGUCCUGGCCGUUCUACGCCGCGCGGUACCCUCCCCGUGCCCCGUUUCUUUUUCCCGCGAUUGAGCAACCAAAGGACGCGGACGCGGAUUUCUUCUCCGCUUCUCGCGUAUCGCGCACGACGAAGGUCACUGGAAGAGAGGAAGAGAGAGAGACUUUUCUGUCGGAGGAGACGACCCUUUGUGAAUCAAGAGCGGGAUACAACUAUGGAGGCUGUCGAAUGCGUCAGGAACAAUAUCGGAAAUAUGCGGAAAAGCGAAGAGAAUUUUGAGGAAAUUCGUAGUUUGUCGCCCAUUGAGGAGGAAUCCGAAUCCACGCUAUGUAUCAAUUUUAGCGAAUCGGAAGGAAAUGGCUAUCGGAUGACGAGGCCUCCCUAUAAAGAUUACCCAAGGAUGUUGAGAAAAUCGGAAGGUAAUAGAAACUACAAGAAGAGUGAUUCGGCAGGGGAUAGCAGCUCCGGGGACGAACGGACGGAGCAGGAUUAUCAUCGGCUACGGAGAGUCGCGGGCAGCUACUGUUGCUUCGAACCAGACGCAUUUAAAGAGGCGGAAGCUUCCGGCGACAAUGACGAGGCAGAAAUCGGUCUCCGUGACAAGUCCUUGAAGACCACCGUGGAACAGCUUAAGCGCAGAUUGUCCCAAGCCGAGAGGGAGAUCGUCGCCCUGAAGAGGUACCAGAGCCCGCAGAAAUGCCAGAGUCACGGGAGAUGUGAAAUUCUUCAGAGAGAUCUGCUGACUUGGCGGGAUGAGCACGAAAAGAGGAUCUCCUCACAAAUAGUCAGAUGGCAAUUGGCGGAGAGGCAGCGGAUACACGACGAGAUGGGCUGCAUGAGGAAAGUGUACGAUAAUAUCGAACGACAUCUGGAGACCUUGGAGAGGCGAAGUGCGAAGUCUUACUUUGACUUUCAAAGGCGAAUCGACGCGUGGGAGAAGCGACUUAAGGAGGACGUUAUUAGCUUGCACGAAAGCAAUUUGAUCGAGCUGCGCGAGCAAUUUCGAGCCUGGUCCGAAAUGCAAAGUGCAAUCAAUUUGUCGGACGUACGAAAAGAGAAAUGCGAAGCGUACGAACGCGACGAUACGGUUGUGAAGAAACGAGACGAGUCGCACAAAUCCAAUUGCGAAAUGACGGCAUCGUACGAGAACAACGCUAAGCUUCUGCGUAGGAUAGAGCAUUUUGUUAAAAUCGAGGUUCAGCGGCAUCGCGAUGAUUUAAUAAAGCGAAUAGACCAAAAGAUCGCGGAGUUCUGGUCAGCUUUUGAAGAUUUCAAGCACAAUUUCCAUCUGGAUCGCGAUUAUCGUCGACAUAAUUACGUCGAAGUAAAUAGCGAUGAAACGGAGUCGAAUAUAACGGAAGGCUUGUGUGAUUCCACUCGAGAAACGAGGGAAACGUCUUACUUAAAUACGGAUUCCGAAGAGAGGUGUGCAAUGUGAAGCUGAAGCAAUACAUUUUAUGGAUUGCGCGUCCGAAAACUGUAUCGCACGAGUUACGUGCGUGUAUAAAAGAUAAGCACAGUUAUCUAUUUUAUUAUCGCAACUUUCGACAUUUUUUUAAAGUAACUUUUAAGCCGCAUUAUACUUGAUACAUUUGUAUGAAUUACUUUUUUCAUAAAAAAAAAUAUAUAUAAAUUUAGAAUUGACAAAAA